ACUUACGUAGUACGAUACUGACAAGAGGUCAUGCCGCUUCAGGUGUUUUACGUAAUCAACGCAUCCUAUAACGUAUCCACGACCUUGAUCAAGAUAUCGCUCUUGUUUCAAUACCUGCGCGUCUUCCGCGACGGCAAGAUGAGGGUGAUAUGCAUUACGAUGCUCGUUCUCACUGGCCUGUGGGGCGGAGCAUACUCCUUCAUGGCAUGGGUGCCGUGUUUUCCUGUACGCGGCUAUUGGACUUGGUCUGUGGGCGCGAAAUGCUACGGUUUCGGUUCGACGAAGGCCGACGAGGUUUUUGCCGUCUGGGUGUCCCAUACCGCGGUAAAUGCGGUACUGGAUAUGGUCGUGUUCCUGAUUCCUAUGCCGCUCUAUUUUGAGCGAGGCACGACUCGCCGGACCAAGGUGGGAUUAGCUGGUCUACUCGUCUUGGGAUCGGUGGUGAUCGGAUUGUCAAUGUGGCGACUAGCCACGAUCGUCGAGAAUAAAGCGUCAACGAGUCCCGCGUUCGACCCGACGUGGUAUACCCCCAUUAGCAUCGUACUGGGCGUCCUGGAGGUCACGAUAGCUAGUAUCUGCGCCUCGGUACCGAUCUUCUGGCCGUCGCUGAGAGCGCGUCUCGACGAGAUUUUCAUCACGAGGGAGAUCACCGUGACGAGAGGCCGCCGGUCUAGCCGAUUCUCCGCAGUUGACUGCGGCAAUGCGGUGGAGCUCCAGCACGGCGCAGGCGAGAGUAGCCGGAAUACAGAAAGCAAGUGGUUGAGAUGUUCCAGUAGGGCAGGUAGCGAAACAAGCCGGAGUCGGCUAGCUGAGAUCAGGCCGGCGGAAAAGAAGACCCGGCACUACAUGGGUGAUUUCAUCCAAGACCAGGUGGACCCUCUGAGAAAGAAGGGGCCUUUCGUCGUCGAGUCGGAAAUCGUGUCAGGCGGGGCCAAGGGGCCGAAGCUGGGAGGGCUUUCGCGGAGUAGGUGAGGGUUGAUGAGAGGAUCGCCUAGACGCAGCGCCUCUUGAGGAGGAUUGGCGUGAGAUACCUAGUAAACAACGGAUACGAACGGAAUGCAUCCGAGAUAAUAGAUCCACGUAGGGGGCACGUUUAUAUCAUGUACACAGAUAAGUAGAUAAACCAUGGGGACUGCCCUUAUAGACAACACAGUCCCGC